GAAGAAGAAAAAAAGCAGAACCUCCACAGAAGAAGAAGAAAUAAAAGAUGCUUCCUCUUCGUGACAAAUGGAAAGAGAAACCUCUCAGCGGCUCCUGAAAAGGUAACUGAGAGUAACAUCAGUCUCCUCAAUCAGAAGUGGAGCGCCCACAAGUCUGAGGACCGGCAGGUGUUGAUCCAGAAAGAGCCAACGAGAGGACUGGCUCACCUGUAAAGAACCAGAUAAAAGGUGGGCGGUUGACACAUAGACGACUGCAGAUGGCUGGCUUUUGGAUAACUUCCGCUGGCCAGAGUGCGAAUGUAUCGACUGGGGAGAGAGGAGGAACGCAGUGGCAUCCAUUGCUGCUGGUGUUCUGUUCUUCACAGGCUGGUGGGUUAUGAUUGACGCAGCAGUGAUGUAUCCAUUGCAGGAGCAAAUGAAUCACGCCUUCCACACUUGUGGUGUCUUCUCAACCAUAGCAUUCUUUAUGAUCAAUGCUGUUUCUAAUGGACAAGUGAGAGGGGACACAUAUGGUGAGGGCUGCCUUGGCAGGACAGGAGCGCGCCUGUGGCUGUUUAUUGGCUUCAUGAUGAUGUUUGGAUCACUUAUCGCUUCCAUCUGGAUUCUGUUCGGCGCCUACGUAGAACCAAAGAAAGAAGUGGCACCAGGGCUGGCUGUGUUCUUCCAGAACACCUUCAUAUUUUUUAGCACGCUCAUCUACAAGUUUGGCCGGACUGAAGAUUUAUGGGGUUAAAGGUCAACUUGGAUUCUUCUCUCUACAGCUCUUUUUUUUUUUUUUUUUCUUUCUUUCUUUCUUUUUUUUUAAAUGGCCAGUCUGUUUCUCCACUGACGCCUACAUUAUGCAGAUUGGCCAAAGUGUGAUGUUUCCCUGAACAAACACUCAAUCUCUCUUUUUAAGAAUAUAGUUUAGCAGCAAUACCUGCUCCACAGCAUAGAAAGUUAAGAAAGUUUUUAAUUUACAUAAAAGAUCUUUUUGGGAGGGGUGAGGUUUCUUUAAUAAACAUGAACAUUUAUGUUUUUUUUUUUUUUUAUUAUUACUAUUAUUGCUUUUAUUUGAUGGCUUGAUCAUCUUAGAAAUUGUGGAUAUGAUGUACUUGAGAAUUUUUUGUCAAAUGAAAAGCAACUGAAGUGGCUGUCAACAGAUAUACCGAUUAGCUGUAUUGAGCUCCAAUUAUUGCAGAGUUAACAUUUGACAGUGAUCAGGAAGAGAAAACAGGCCAACAAGACAUGGUUCCCAUUAUGUAAGAAUGAAAUACAACAAUUUCAUUUACAAUGGGACAACUGACAAAUAUCGUGGCAACAAAUCUAUAAUAUUUUCACAUAAAACAUUGUAUUUAGUAUUUGUUUAUAUGCAUUAUAUAUGUUUUAUUUAUCAGUGCCGAUUAAUUUGUUGUUGUUUCUUUUGUUUGUUUGUUUUUUUAGGCUUGUUAAAAAAUAUUUAAGGCUCUUUUGGGGCUGGGUGAUAUGGCAAAAAAUAUAACCCCCCCCCCCCCCCCCCCCCCCCCCCCCCCCCCGUAUCAAUCACUUUUGGUAUUUAUCCCGAGAUAUAAUUUGAUAAUGCUGCUAGUUUGAAGAGUGUAAUAAUUAAAGCCUGAAGAAACUGUCAGAUUGAAAAAAAAAUUGUUAUAGCAAAUACACUCGCAAUUGAUUUUGUAAUUAAAAAAUGAUAUCUUAACGAUGUCAUUGAUGAGGAAUCUCCUCCUGACAUAUCUGGCAGAUAUAUAUUUAUAUACUGUACCAGUCAAAAGUUUGGACACACUUACCUUUUUAGUUGAAAGGUAAAGUAAGCUGUUUAUGUCCACAUUAAUGGAUAUUUGUCUGCAUUUUUCGUUGGCAUUAAUAGAAUAUUUCUGGGCUGACGGGGCUUCUCGCCGCCUGUUCCAGAGACCAGAGGCUAGCUAAUGUGUGACUGACCUACUGAAUAAGGAAUAAUUUUGCAGCUUGUGUAGAGGAAACACUGGUGAGAUAAGUAGCACCUGUGGCACAAAAGAUGUGAAACUGAUGGGGCAUUUUUCAAUUGAAUGCAAAAAUGGUCCAUGGUGCGUGCCCUUCCCAAUCUAUGAUUUAAUUUCAGAUUGUUGCGAUGCUAAGCUUUGCUAAAACACCAAAUUUAUAAACUGGUGGUUGUGGGGGGUUGCAUAGUGGGCCUGGUAGCCCGCAGUCUAAACUUGAUGUUUUAAUACAAAAAUAGAAAGUUCCACUUUGAAGUGUUUAGUUCAUAGAAACUCAAAACACAACGAUCAGCUCAGUGUUAAAAUUUUUACUUGUUAAACGAACUGUGGCAGUAUGCGUUUGUUUCCUGACCAGGUUCCCAGUUCAAGGCCACCCCCGCCCAUUCUCCAUGUAAUUUGGAGUUGGGUCAGGAAGGGCAACCAGUUUAAAACUUGUGCCGAAUUAACAUGCACAUCUGUUAUGGAUCUGCUGUGGAGACCCCAACAAAUGAAAGAGAGAAGCUGAAAGAACUUACUGCUGUAACUUUCAUACUCAAGUUUUGAUUGAUACUGUAAUUGUUUUGCUGCUGUGCGAGUUAUUCUGAAAUUAUUGGUGGGGGGAUCAAACAUAAUAUUUUUUUAAUACCGUAGACUGAAAAGCCGAUUAUUUUUUUAUUGUAUGCCAGAUAAACCACAACUGUUUAUUUGUGGUGUUAUUUAUGUGCAGUCUUUGAAAACAUGUACAGUGAAUCAAAGGUAACCAUAUGGGUAUAUUUUAUCAACAUAUGCUUCCAUGAAUUUUUAGACUUUUUUUUUUUUUGUAAGUUAUCUACAACAGCCUAUGGCACUGAAACAUACAAGGAAUAAGAGCUUGAAGUGCAGCUUCAGGUUGAAGAUAUU